AUGACUUCUAAAGCUAGAUUGAAGUCGUUCGCCGACGACGUCGAGGACGCUGAGGUUGCAUCUCUGUUGGAAGCGCAACACAGCUCAGGCGACAAUGGCCAAUGGUCAAAGGACAAGUCUGGCGACCUCGAUUGGAGUUAUACGGCUCGAACCGUUCGUACAUUGAGCCAUGACCAGUUGCUCAACGAACUUUGGGAGAAAGGAUUUUCAAUCCCCCCAAGGGAAUACAAUCCUUCAGCGCCAUUUGUCUACGUCAAAAUGUUUAAUGGCGAAGUCGUCACCCUUCCACACGGUUACCGCCUGCCUCUUAUGUUCGUCGCAAGAUAUUAUUGGGGAAUCGCUCUGAGCAAGCUUAACGACGUAAAUCUAUGGAAGAAGGAGCGGGCAAAUGUGUACCACCUCUCGCGUUUAUGCGAAAAUUUGUUCCAACGAGCACGCGCCAAGGCUUUUGCUGGUGGCAUGGAGAAGGGGUGGCGAUGUGUUAUGUUCGAUCGAUUGUUGGCGAGAUUUUAUAAAUCAUGGUAUCGCAAUGACCCUCCAGCUGGGAAGGAGUUUGAGCAAAAAUUCAGUGUAAAGGAAUACGAUAGGGACGUUCUCAAGCAUGACUGGAAAAGAUGGUGCACAAGAGGUCUCAAUGGCGUCAGAAUGAAGGAGCAAGAAGUCUCCGAUGGUAUCACAAUUGCUGAGUUCCGGGCAGGCUUAGAAAGACUGGGAGAUGGAGAGUGGUCUCUUUUUGGCGAACGUCUAACUUGGAUUGGCGAUGAUGAGGAAUUAUCAUGGAGCUCUGAGUCAGAGCUUACAGAAUUUGAGAUGGACGAUGAAGCCGAACAGGGGGCACAAGAAGAAGAGGAAGAGGAAGAAAAUGCGGACAGCGAUCUCGAUGCUGAAGGCGAUGAAGUAGGGGACGAUGACGACGAUCCUACAACUCACCAAUCAGGGCCUACUGAUUUAGAGGAUGCCCCAUCGAAAAGGGUUCGAGACCUCCCUAUCGACGAAGACGAAAAUGAGCGUGCUACGAAACGCGCUCGAAUCGAGAUGAUCAGUGAUACCUCACAUCGUCGCCACAAGGUCAACAAUAUCGUCGCCCUGACCCGUACGCUGGCGGCCAUGGAAAAGAAUCCUAUAUGGGCCAGAAAUAAUUUUUCAGGAGCUUCAGGAUCUGGGAAUGGGAAUGAAUCUCAGGAACCUAGACAAUCAAUCGGUCCCACACCACCUGCAAAUCCUUUAGAUCCAGAGGCUGAGGAGACCAUUGUCUCACGCCCGCGGCCUGUAUCUCAACCGCCCAUAGGUUCUGGUGUAGAUUCUUCGUCUGUGACAAACAAUGGCACUCUCGCCAAUAGGGGAGAGCGUCCGAGUAGCCCAAAUUCAAUGCCUCUGCAAACUUCAGUUCCUCGCCGUUUCUCCUCCGUCACCCUUAGUCAAUUAAGGAGCCCUUCUGCCAAUGCAUCCUCGAGCAAGCUGUCUUCCGCUUCCAACCCCUCCACAAAUAAACCCCGUCGAUCUGGGAAAAAGGCUCCACAUCCAUCGCUUCUUCAUCCAUCCGGUUCGAAACCCCGUCAAACUCGCGCUUCACAGAUUGCUGGUGUGGCCACCGUGAAUGUCUAUGUUAGUGACGGAAAGCCUCGGGGUGGUGCGGUAGCUCACGCUGCCGCGCGUGCUGCGAGGAAAGCUGCCGAGCAGAGCCGGGCUUCAUCAGUCUCUUCAUCUUCGUCUUCAUCAGGCUCAUCUCGGUCACCUUCACCAACUCCAUCCGCAUCGCAAUCUAACCUGCCUUUCCGCUCACCGGCUCCUCAGCAAUCGACAUUACCCCCUACGGGACACACCUCUACUGAACAGGCGGAUACUGAAAACACGCUGCAUGCGCAAACGGGUAAAUGGGCAGCGAUUGCACCCCCGCCUCCGCCACCUGGACGAUCUGCCGCGGCCAGGAACAAGCGUGCUGCUCAGGCUUCUGUAGGAGCCGAAUCCCAUCGUCCGGAGAACUCGCAGGAAUUUAUCACUAGCGAGGCUUUGAAACUCUUGGUGAACCUGGUCACCUCUAGCCGGAACGAGGGUGAGAAGUUGAUUAAUGCCGGUAGUGCAUCCUCCUCUUCCACCGCUGUGCCGUCGAUAGGUACUGCCCCUGCCUCUGGUUCUGCGAUUGACCAACAGGCGUUGGAAGGUCGAUUCCAGCAUUUCGAGGGGCGUUUCUUAUCCGUGAAAGAAGAACUUGUUGGGAUUGUUGAUAGGUUGCAAGCUUUGGAGAAAGAGGCACGGGAACAGAGGGAAGCACGGAAGGCGUUAAGUGAUAAGGAGUUUUGCGAUCGAAAUAUAGGGUGUGCUCCUGAGGGGACAUCUCAGAGCACGCAGACGGAGCGUAAUUCUGUCGACAAGAAUCAAGGUGGAGAUGAGGAUGUAGAGAUGAUGAGUGUAGAGAAGGAGAGUGGCGAAAAAGAGAGGAGUAUUGAUCUACGUCGGGGUGUGCAAUCCGUUCCACGGGCAAUGGGCGAAAUUGCAAUCCAGACUGACCAGGUGGAGGACGACUCAGCGGCUAAAUCGCACGCCUCUUCUUCCAGCCAGUCGGGCACUCAGCGGGACACCGACAUUGGUUCUGGUGCGAAUCGGAAUGGGCCUGACACUCACUCCUCAGGUCAUUGCGGGGGUUCCGAGACGGAUACCGAUUCUACGCUCAAUGCUGCAAAGGACGAGACCAUCGAUCCAUGUGCGGCUGAGAUGUCAUCGAACCUAUCUCUUUUGGUGAACAACCUCGUGUCUGUUAAGAUGCUGUCGCUCGUCGGGGACAUGGUUAAAGGAAAGUCUAAGGACACCUCAGCUGCUGACCCAGACAUAUCUAUCCGGUCGAUGUCCCCUGUAAUCCCGUCAUCGGACUCGUUCGCCAUCAACAAUAUCAUGGACGAGGUUAAGGCUUUAAAAGACGAGGCCCGCGCAAGGGAGCAGAGAGACAAAGAGGAAAUAAUGGCAUUGCGACAACUACACUCCGCCGAAGUGGAUGCACUUAGGAGACGACUGUCCUACCUCGAAUCACAGAGCCGAUAUCUAGAUUCAGACCGCUAUCGUUCUUCGUCUCACCACGAAGAAUACCAUAUUUCAGCCCCUGUCGGCAAUGAUCACCAUUACCAUAACGAGGGAGGACGACACAGCCGAAGCCGACAACCCGCAUUCCACAGCGCCAGUGCUCGCGUUCACCGCUCGCCAGUUGUCGGGGAUGGUGAUCAACCACACUCGCAGUCGCAUACACCUGUGCCAGAUAGGGACAGGAAUGGCACCGGGCCCUCCUCGAGCUCCAGUUCGAACCCUAUGCCGACCCCAUUGAAUUCCGAGCGUAGUUUCUCGUUUACACGACCGGGUACUGAUCGCGAGGAUGAUAUUCCUUUACCCAUCAAGUCGCAGCGGAAACAUAUGUUUGCCACUCGUGCAACGUUUGGCUGA